AUGGGUUUCAGCAAUCAUGUUCAGAUUAUUCCAUCUUCACCUUUCGUCGAGAUAGGGUGCAUGUGCUUGUUCUUGUGCAUUGAAGUAGCGCGAAACUCAACAGGAAUUUUUCUGUCUCAACGUAAGUAUGCUUUAGAUAUUAUCUAUAAAGUUGGAUUACUUGGUGCAAAACCUGCUCCUGUUCCUCUGGAGCAGAAUCACAAUCUCGCCUUGACAGAUGGGCCUCUCUUAUCUGAUCCUAAGCGAUACAAGCGCUUGGUGGGCAGGCUUAUUUAUCUCUCAGCAACCCAUCCAAAGUUGUCUUAUUGUGUGCAUGUUCUGUCACAAUUCAUGCAGCAACCGCAAGAAAGACAUUGGGAUGUUGCAUUGCGGGUGAUGCGCUACUUGAAAGGAAAUCCUGGUCAAGGAAUUCUCUUGCGUUCAGAUUGUGAUUUACAGUUAUAUGCAUGGUGUGAUUCAGACUAG